AUGAAGGCAGCUAGAGAUCAGUCGAGGUCGGAUGUCUCAGAGGCUGGUGUGGGCGGUCAGCAGACGGCACUGGCCGUGCUCCUGGAGCAGGCUUUCAGCAUCAAAGAGGAGGUCGCGGCAGGUCUUCAGUCCACCAGGGGCUCCGUCCAGGUGGAGGCACUUUCCCGCAAGCUGCUGGAGAGACACAUACUGACGGUCACACACAUUGUCAAGCAGCUGAGCAUGGAGAUACAGGCAGUGGACAGACAGCUCGUGCAGCGGGACUCUGUCACCUCUGGAACCACACGAGCCGUUCAAAGCUUAGACCAAAAAAACACGGCUGCCAUUGGAGACCUGAGAGCAAGAGUAGCCAGGUGUGAUGCCAGCAUUGUGAAGCUGAGCGUGGACGUGAGCUCCGGGGAGCGGCAGAUGAAGCGACUGCAGCAGGAGAUGAAAGACCUCAGAGCAGCUGUCGAUGUAAAGAUUAAAGAACUGGAAGUCAAGCUCCAUCGUGACCUUGGAGGACUGACAACGUCAUUGACAGAGAUUUCCAAGAGUCAAAGGAACGACGUGUCUGAGCUGAAGAGACGCGAUGAGUUACGGGAAGACAAGAUGUGGAGUGGGUUAAAAGAAGUCAAAGAACAGACAGAUUCACUGAAGAAGUGGACAGAACAACAGCUCAGUGAUUCUCUACAGAACAACCAGCGGCUACAUGAAAACAUGGUGGAGGCAGAGUCCAGAUUGAGUGGACAGCUGUUUGCUCUGGAGGUCCGUGUGGAUCAGGCCGAACGGAGUCAAGCGGAUCGGCUGAAACGCUCCGAGAACAAACUGGGUCUGAGGAUGAGCUCAGUGGAGAGCGGCCUUCAUCAGGAGCUGCAGCUGCUCAAACAGGAAUAUCACAAAGGGUUCCAGUCGGUGUACGAUGCCAUCGAGUCCCUGAGGCAGAUAAGCGACGUUAAGUCUCGCCUCGACAAGGAGAAGCUGCAGAACGAGAUCAGGCACAUCUGCAGUAAGGUCGCAGACAUCAGUGACUGAAGAAGAGCCGCCCUUUUUUUAACAUCACUGUCUAUCCUGAAGAAACUCACUUUUUUUAUACAUGUGCUCACAGCUAAUUCCUCCUUAAUGAAGAAGCAAAUCCUGAAACCUUGUAUCAAAAGGCAAAAAGAAAAGAUAAUUUGCAUUGUAAAUGAAAAUGCCUGGCUAAUUUUGUGCAGUUAUGUACCUUUUGAAACAGGUUAUUAAAUAAAAGCAUUUCUAAUUAAAACAGGCUAUUUUUCUAGUGUA